CGUGCGCGCGCAAACGCAAUUGGCGUCGUCGUCGUCGUCGCGUCGUCACACCGCGACGCGCUCGACGCCCGCGCGCGCACGCACGCGCCCGAUCACAACGCUCGAUCGCACCGCCCUCGACAUGCUCGCCGCGCGCCGCGCGCUCGACGCGCGCGCGCACCGAUCGCCGACGACGCAUCCGCGUCAGCGUCGCCAUCGCGGCGACGCGCGGCGACGAAACGACGCGAUGACGCGAUGCGCGCGCGCGAACGACGCGCGGAGAGACGCGCGACGAUGCGCGGUGACGACGGGCGCGACGCGCGCGCCGGCGGGAUCGGCGCUGGACGCGGCGCGGGCGUUCAGUAAUCUCGUGCUGGAUUCUAAAAAGUUCGCGAGCGAGGCGGAGGCGGAGGCGAACGCGAUGGAUUUGGGCCCGCGGGCGGGCGUCGUGAGCUCGUGCGUGCUGCUGUACAGCGUGAAGAGCGGAGGACGCGACGCGGGGGCGGUCGAGGGGGCGAUGGCGGCGAUACCGGGAGGAUUGAACGCGGAGAACGUCGAUUUCGUGGUGGACAAGGCGAAGGCGAAUUUGGCGAGCAUGUGGUCGACGAAGGUGGACGGUCGGGUGAGCGUGGAGCUCGGAUGGUGGUUGGUGAACGACGCGGACGCGUGCGAGAAGAAGGCGAUAGAGAUGCUCGCGCUGUGUGAUGACCUGAAAACGCCGAGGGAUAAGCUGCUGUUUAAGAUUCCGGCGACGUACGCGGGCAUCGAGGCGACGCGAAGGCUCGAGGCGCGCGGCGUGGCGUGUCACGUGUCGCACGUGUACUGUCGCGAGCAAGCGAACGCGGCGAUCGAUGCGGGCGCGUCAGUGGUUCAACUGUACUACUCUCGCUUGAACGCGUGGUACAAGUCCAAAAAAUCGCUCGACGCGAACGCCGAUCCCGGGUACGAGCUCGCGCGAGACGCCUUGGCGCGCGCCAAAGCCGCCGGCGGAAAGACGAAAAUCAUGGUGGCCAGUUUAGCGAACGUCGACGCCGUCAAGCGCGUUUUGGGAGCGGACUACUUGUUAGUGGGCCAACGCAUCAUCGACGAGCUGGCGAACACGCCCGCGAGUGAUCUUGGGGAAACAAUCAUCUCCGACGCCGCGAGCGUCGCGGUGGGCGCCCCGGCGCGCCUCGACGAAGCCGCGUACCGCGCGGCGUGCGACGCGUCCCCAGCUUCGGAAGAGCUCGAGAUCGCGCUCAAGCGCAACGCUGCGAGUGACUCUGAACUGAUCGAUUACAUCAACGAGCACAAAGGCGGCGGCGGGAACGCGUAAAAUUUUGGCCAGUCGGGCUUCUCGGCGUCCUCGUCAGCGCGUCGCCCACCGCCGAGCGAGUUCGACUUUCCCGCGAUCGAUCGUCGACGCCGUUCGACGUCGACGACGCGCGCGCGCGCGAUCCACGAUCCGCGUCACGAUCUGCGCUUUGUAACGAAUAACGAUGACUUUACGACG